AUGGGGAGGAGGGGGCCAGGCAUACUGAAAACUAGUACAGAGACAGGCAAAGCUCGUACAGUGAACAGCCUCGAUAGUGUCCCUUUAACAAACAGAAUCAGUGGGCUAUCAACUUCGCCGUUUGAGCUCGAUGCGACCGAAUCAGUGCUUCUCGACCGCUACGUUCAGAGAUUCUCAACGACUUAUCCCGCCUUCUCAGGGCCUACAAACCCAUUCCUGACCGUUUUGCUACCACUCGCUACGCAGAGCCGUGUUGUACUGGACUCGCUUCUCGCGCUCAGUGCCGUUCAGAGCUGGGAGAACGGAUCAUUCGGAAUGGGUGCAGCAAUGCUGAGGCUGAGGCAGAAGGCACUGGGCGGCUGUCGGCAGCUUCUAUCACAACUCAAUAUGCGUAGGGUUGAACUCAACAGGCCAGCAGGAAUGCACGAUCAAACUAUCAUCCGCGUCUUUGCUAGCUGUAUGCUCUUACUACUUUACGAGAAACUGGCUGGCGAAGGCCAAGAGAACUGGUCCCCUCAUCUCAGCUUCAUCGCCCAGCUCUGCUCCCAGCCCUUAUUCUGGCCUGUGGACAAGGAGUUCGACUUUCUCUUAAGUCUCUUCUGGUACAACGACCUUGUCCGAUCAACUUCAUUACAGACGCCGACUCUCUCGGACUUUUACCUUACCGGGAUCUCGACUCAGCUCUCCCUGGACCGGCUUUCAAGCCCGGGACGCUUCGCUUUCCCUCGCCUUAUCGCGCGUAUUAGUUCCGGGGAUCCAACUGUGACGGACGCAGAUAUUGCCGCCUGGGAUGGACGGCUGGACUGGUUUCCUAGUUUUGCCCUUGUGGCGUCAGGGGAUGCUGAAACUCGUACUCAUUGGGACAAUCGAUAUCUGACGAUGGAUCCCCAUGUCCACUGUGUCAAACAUUUAAUCAAUAACAACGACCCAACCGGCCAUACAAUAAUGUCUGAGCUAUAUCGAAUCUCAGGCAUGGUUUACAGACGACAGUGCGUAAACAUGCCCAUGGAACAAUACUUGUCCAAGAAUUGUCUGGCCCUGUGGGCAGUCCAGUUGGUGCAACUGUUGCCUGAAGGCUCGCCUUUCGAAAGUACACUUCUCUGGCCAAUUGGAAUUGUUGCGAAGGAGUUGAACCUUCUUGAUGAGCCCCAGCGGGCGUAUAUCCUCGCUCGUCUGAAGGCCCUUGAGCGGCAAUUUCGCAUGAAGCACUUUAGCUGCGUGAUAGAUAUGCUCCUCAGAUCCUGGAGGGCAAGUGAUGCAGGUAUAGCAAAUACUAUCAACAGUACAAUCCUACUGGGAUAG